UUCAAGUGUUUGGAUUGCGGGAAAGGCUUCUGUCAGUCGCGCACUCUGGCCGUGCACCGGAUCCUCCAUUUGGACGAUUCGCCGCACAAGUGUCCGCAAUGCGGCCGCAGCUUCAACCAGCGCUCUAACCUCAAGACGCAUCUCCUCACGCACACCGACAUCAAGCCCUACGAGUGUGGCGCCUGCGCAAAGGGCUUCCGCCGCAACUGCGACCUCCGCCGACACGGACAGACGCAUUCGGAGGAGCCACGCGCCAACAGUAGCCGCGUUGAUCAGGUGGCACUCCUCGUCGCGCGGACUCCCACUCUUGUGUCGCGCCCUUCGAAUUCCUCAACAGGGCUGCAAUCAAAGGGAGAUCGAGUCACGAUCGCGCGCAUCACGACUCUCUCCCACAACAAAGCACUAUUAAAGUGGGGGAGACUUCCGUCCAAUUACGGCUCUCUGUGCGCUAUGUCUGCUGACCGAAGCCGCGACCGGCGCCACAGCGCGCACGACGAGAGGGCCGUUUGGCGAGUGGACGGCCGGACAGUGGGCAGCGCGGACACGAGGGCAGAGGGCACGGCAAGCAGAGCACAGCCGCAGCGCACAGCCGGUAGAGCAGAGCCCAGACUAAGGGGAGGGUCGCGAGAGGCGUUUCCCGGGCAUAAGCUCGCAUUAGUCGCAGACGAGGGCUACCAGUGCUCUCCAAGGAAUUGCGACAAACACGACCCCCGCGUCGCUCGCAUUGUUGUCUCGCGGAUCAGUCUCUCGAGUCAAGUGUCUGCGAAACACGUGCACAACAAUGAGACAAAACGGCGAUUACGCCAACAAUCAAAUCAGUUCGUGAACUAUAGGUUCAGUUUCGCGCAAAACUCCCACAACUCAAAGGUGUGUCUCAAUAAUGCAAUAAUGCACGCGUUAUGCUAUAGACCAGGAUAUGCCACAUCUCGAGCUCUAAACCAUUAUUACUUGAAUUUAAUUUCAAACUCUUCUCUCAAAGAUUCCAAACUCUCGACAAUGCGUUCAUCGCUCGCGACCGCAACCGCCGAACACCACAUCCCGAUGUUGUUGCCGCAGAACGCGCUCUUCGCGCCCCCUCUGCCCGCCGCCGCCGCCCCUCACGCCCACCACUACCCCUUCCCGCUCUUCCCGCACAACCUGCUGUUCGCGCAGACGUACGCCCACUUGGCGGCGGCGGCGGCCGCGCACCACAACCACAAGCCGCUGAUCUCUCCGCCAAUGGCUUUGUCGCCAAUAACUGCGGACUCGAAGCCCAAAGCGAAGGCCAAAAGCAAAUCCAAGUUCGACUUCUCGCGUCUCGCGGAGUCCGCCACCAAAGAUGAGGUCAAAGCCCUCCCACAGCCCGCAGUCUUCCCGAUGCCGGCGCCCGCCUUCUACGCGCCCUUCGGAGUGCUGCCCACCUCUGGCGCGACGGCGGACUUCUUCUCCAAGAAGUACUCGCGCGUCGGAAGAGGGAGUUCGCGGCCGAAGAAGGAGUUCAUCUGCAAGUACUGUCAGCGCCGGUUCACCAAAUCCUACAACCUUUUGAUUCACGAGCGCACGCACACCGAUGAGCGGCCCUACACGUGCGACAUCUGCAACAAAGCCUUCCGGCGUCAGGACCACCUCCGCGACCACCGAUAUAUUCACUCGAAGGAGAAGCCGUUCAAGUGUUUGGAUUGCGGGAAAGGCUUCUGUCAGUCGCGCACUCUGGCCGUGCACCGGAUCCUCCAUUUGGACGACUCGCCGCACAAGUGUCCGCAAUGCGGC